AUUGCAAAUGUCAAAAAAGGGAAGCUUUCCGUGCAUCCACUUUAUUUACGGAAUUAAAAUUAAAGUUGACUCAAUUAACGUGAUUGCCUAGAUUUAUUAUGUUGUUUGUUGGCCUUUGGACUUCCUGGCCCUAAUAUUCUAUGGGAUUGUGUGUUCAGUGAUCCGAGAUUGAGAGGAAUCUUAUGUGCGUUGUUUGUCUGUCAUAUACUUAUGGCACGGAAUUCCUAAAUAGACUUCUAUGUCGGGGGAUAGAAUAAAAAUAACAUCGGUUUGCGUCGAAGGGUCAGUGAGCGGCGGAGCCUGAUUAUGGCUACGUUCAUCACGAUGGCGGCUAAGAUAUGCUUUGCAACGUUGUUUAUUCUCGGUUUCCAUUCAGUUUUGGGGCUACCACCACAGGAAGAGCAUCUGCCGCCCCGUCCGAGAGACGGUGGCGUCGAGACGCGCUACUGCGCGUACUACAACGGCUCUCCACCAAUAUGCGAUCCCAACGACCCCACCUGUGACCCCAUCCAGAAAGAGGACUGCCAACCCGUGGACAAAGACAAGAGCAACCACUGUGUCCAGUUAUGGCACUACAAUACAACAACAAACACCUCCACACUACAGUUUAAAGGCUGCUUCCUCGACACAGUCUCUUGCAGCGAUAAACCCACACCAUGCCGGAUACACAGCGCAAAACUGUUGCUGUUACACUGCUGCUGCGAAGGCGAUAUGUGCAACACUAAUGACACAUUCCCAGGUUUACCGCCUCCGGAUUCAACCGAUGCGCCUCAAGAGGAAAUCCCAAUGGAACGGAUACCUGGAUCCGAUGAUGAUACGAAAGCUAUAAUCGCUUAUACUUUGACACCAUUGUUCAUACUCUUCAUAGCUCUCGUCGGCUGCUAUCUGCUGUAUAGACGGCGCAAAGGCAGCACGUUCGCUGAGCUCGCGAAUGGCGAAGGAUCUCUAUCCAGGCCUCCGUCUAUGGGAGUCGGAAUGGAUAAUGAGCCUGUGGACUUGGUUGGCCUAGUGACCUUAUGUGAAGUGAGGGCUAGAGGGCGCUUCGGGGCCGUGUGGCGCGCGCAGCUCGGCCAGAAAGACGUGGCCGUCAAGGUGUUCCCGCUGCAGGACAAGCAGUCCUGGCUGGCCGAGCAGGAGAUCUACAGGCUCCCGAGGAUGGACCAUCCGGAUAUCCUGCAUUACAUUGGUGUGGAUAAGAAAGGAGACAAUCUGCAAGCCGAGUAUUGGCUGAUCACGGCAUAUCAUGAGAAGGGCUCCCUCUGCGACUACCUAAAAGCGCACACCCUCAGCUGGGCGGACGCGUGGCGCAUCGCGGCGUGCGUGGCGCGCGGCCUGGCCCACCUCCACGAAGAGGGCGGCGGGAAGCCCGCCGUCGCACACCGCGACUUCAAAUCCAAGAACGUCCUUUUAAAAUCCGACUUAUCCGCCUGCAUUGCCGACUUUGGUCUAGCCUUGGUGUUCGUAGCUGGGCAUGGCUGUGGCGACGCCCAUGGGCAGGUUGGGACGAGACGAUACAUGGCCCCUGAAGUUUUGGAUGGAGCGAUUAACUUCACGAAGGACGCGUUCUUGAGGAUAGAUAUGUACGCGUGCGCGCUCGUGCUGUGGGAGAUCGCUUCGAGAUGUGACGAAGGCGGUGUGGAGCCCACAGCGCAAUACAGGCUGCCUCUAGAGGAGGAGGUCGGCCCUCACCCAGGGCUUGAGGAGAUGCAGGAGGCGGUGGUCCAGCGGAAACUGCGGCCGGCCAUACCGCCGCGGUGGAGGGAACAUCCCGGCCUAAACGUCCUCUGCGACACCAUGGAGGAGUGCUGGGACCACGACGCCGAGGCGCGCCUGUCGGCCUCCUGCGUGCUCGAGCGCGUCGGCGCGCAGCGCCAGGCCGCCUCCGACACCCCCCUGCUCAUACACGACCUCGCCUGCUGACACACGCCCCUCAUACACUUCUAGAUCUGUGAGUGACCGGGUGGACCUUAUUUUUGAUAUAAGGUGCACCAAUUGGAGAGAGUCCAGCUCUCGAGAUUUCACCACCACGGUGCGAGGCCGAAGGCAUGGCUGCAGGUUAAAGUUCGGAUGGGAUGGUUAGUUGCUCCAAAGGCCAUUGGCCAUUGUUCCAAUUCCAAGUCAGCUUAGCCUUUGGCCUCGUACUGAAGCGCGCCGCUUCUAAUCUCCGGACCUUAGGCCUUCGGAGCUAUGCCUUCAUCACUUUUUAAGGCAUUUAGCUAUGAGGCUGGUAUACUAACUGUUGGUGGGCCUUAUAUCUUAGCAAUGAGGUUUACUUCAGUUAUCAUGGACGAUGGUACGAACAGCAACGCUCUUGGUGAGCCUUAUGACUUUGAAAUGAGGUUUAAGAAUUGUCAGUGUAGAUUAGUGAGUGAAGCUAAGAGACUUUCUGAAGACAGCUACUACUUGUGAAAUGAAGAUGUGUUUUUAGGCAAAAAGGUUCUUAUUUUCAACUAAUAAAAGUCAUUUUUGCCUGAAAUCUUAUAUUUGUGUGGUGUUAUAAUGUGAAACGAAUUUUUCCUAAAGUUUUGACUGUUUGUGAAGUGGUAGCGCGUGAACCGUGGUAGAAGUGUUGGUCCCCUUGUAGGUUUUAAACCUAUGUCUAAGAGACUUUCUGUGUUUCAACGUCGAUAUCAAAAAUAUGUGUACUUUGCAGCUAAAUCAUUGUGAUUCCCCACAGGGCUUGUGCACAAAUGUAUACCUAUACAAGAGCUGGUUUUUUUUCUUAUUAUUACAAGUAUUUUCGCGGAGCCUCAACAGAGGCUUUGCGGAACCCUAGGGUUCCGCGGAACACACUUUGAGAAUGGCUGAUUUAGAGAAACAAGUACAUUAAUGAUUUACAUGACUUGUUCGUCUGGAUAUUAUAGAUGGUAUUUUUUUGCUUGUUAAAUCAAUACUUUACAACUGUUACAAGGAUUACUUUAGUGCAAUAAUUUCGUGCUAAACGUUGGGUAUUAUUGUUUAUUGACCCUAACUGAAAUAAUUUUGUUAUUGUUUAUUGUACAGAAAUACUUUUAAAUGAUGAUUUAAAAAAAAACUGGUAGCUUUGAUAUUAGUUAAUCAUGAAAUGGAACAGGCCGCGUAGCCAACCUGUCAAUCGCUAACGCUCCGUAGCGAUCGAAACGCAACUGUCACUGUCGCACUUAUAAGGAAGAGUGAUAGAGAGACACAAAGCGUUUCGUUGUCGAAGCGAUAGCGAUCGCCACCUUGGCUAGGUCGGCAGUUACGUUUAAAACCGAUUCUUAAGGGACGGUAUUAAGGUACAAAAUCAGUUACUAAAAGGCGACUACAAAAUACAAAUUAUCAUUCAUGGAAUGUAUAUUGUCAUUAUGUAAUGAAUAUACUAAUGACUGGGAUUUGACUAUUUUAAAAGAUAUAUCGAUGUGUAGAAAUUAUUGUGUGGUAUGAUAAUGACUAUCCCCCCUUAUUCAUAAAUUAGUGACAAGCCUCGAUUAGCUAAUAAUCGUUUGUCUUUAUCUGUCGUUUUGACUUAUGUAUUUGUAAGAAAGGGAUAAAACACAUUUUAACUAAAUCAGUUCUGUAAAGUUUUAUGAAUAAGGGGCUAUCACUGUAAUAUGAAUAAUAUUGACGAUGCAAUGAAUAACACUAUCGAGUUUUCGUAUGUACAGUCAGCGGCAGAAAGUAUAAAUAUGUGACGUUCCACGGCAAAAGGUACCUUAUG